AUCCCUCGCACGUGCGACACCAUAAAAUACUUCGGGACACGCGCAACGAGAUGGAAACCUCCAUAGUGGGCAUACACUUCGUGGUGACGGAUCAGCACUUUGAAAAUGGCAAACUGAAGCUGCGCUGCAGUGCCCAGCUGCAUGAUAUCUACUGGAAGACGACGGAGAAGACCAUUUUGGAGGCGGAUCCGUUUGGCAAGUAUGGUGGCAACGGGGCCAGCGGGAAUCGCGUGAGUGCCGAUGAGAUAUAUGACCAGUAUACGCUGCAUGAGGACGAGCAGUUCCACAACAAGAAGAACAGCUACCUGACCCAGCUGCAGGGCGAAGAAGAUGACGGAGCGGAUGGUUUAGAGGAUGGCGGCGCCGCCUGGCGAGGCGUCAGCUCCGCCUCCUCCAGCUCAACGUUGUCGCUGGCGCCGAGUGGCCUGGCUGCCACGCUGCUGGCGCUGCUCAGCUGGUCGCUGGCCAGGCAAUUAGUGUCGCAGCUGGCGCCGAUUACAAAGCACAGCCCGAUGCCGAUGCCGAUGCGGGCGCUGCAGCCGGACCGGCAGAGCCAGAGCAAAGGCCUGCGGGCGCUUUGCUGCACGGACAGCAGUAACAGGAGCAGCGGCAGCAGCAGCAGCAACAACAAAGGAUGCAGCAAAGGAUGCAGCAGAUGCAUCAGGCAAUUAACAUGAUUCAAUUGUCACGCAACUCUUGUGCCACACUUCAGGGAGGAACAGCGGAAGGAGAAAAUGCAACAGCAACAGCAACAGCAGCAGCGGCGGCGGCAGCGGCAGCAGGCAGCAAAGUAGGCUUCAGCCCUAGGCAACAGCAAGCAACUGCUAAAUGCAUCUAAAAUAUUUAAUCCUCAACACAAACAGACAACAGUUUCAGCUAGCUCAAAAAAAAAA